AUGGGAUACACAAAGAAAGAGAAGGAGUUGCUAAUACGACAUCUCCAAGCACAAAUGCAAAAGGUGGACCGGGAAAUGGAAGACAAAAUACACAAGCAGGCCAAUGCCACUCGUCAGAAACUUCUACGUCGAUUGAACGGAAUCAGCGUUACUCUUUGGGACGUUAAGAUUAAAGACGUGUUACAACUAGAGAGAAAGAAGAGAUUGGUGGCCAAGACCUUGCUUAGAGAUAUUCAAGAUAUGAAGAGAGAAAGCUUUCGUGACAUGAGAUAG